UUCCAGCGACGCCAUGCCUGUGAACUGUUCUGUUUACCAGACCAGUCCGCAUUCUCCAAAGACACGCACAUGUGAAUGCCUCUCUCAGACACUGUGUUGUCAUGGGUGUGGCACAGCAAUCGGCUAUAUGAUUGUCGCACCUUGUGCUCGCUGUGCCCCCGGAAUGGGCCUAUCUCCUACUGGUUCGCACUCGCUCGGUCAGAUGCACUCAAACUAUCACCAACCGUUACCUCCACGGAACACAAAUGGUCACCGGUUUGUGUUCCAUUCAACUGAGGUUACUUAUGAGGAACGCCUGUACGUGGCUGGCGAGCCAGACGUCAAUCCCGACGCACGUUCACAAGAGGUCUUUGCAGCUGUAGCCCAACAGAUACAAGCGUCGCCUCGUGCAUCUCUACCGAAGAUCCCGAGGCUAAGGUCUGGUGAAAUCCUUUACUGGCACCAUUUCGCGCGUUCUGGCGAUAUGGCGGGUGGAGUAUACGAUGAUAUCCGAGCAAGGGCUUCUCAUGGGUAUCGCUUCGAUCCCAUGAACAUGAGCCGCACAAACAGGAUCAUGGCGUGUCGUUAGGCGGCGUCCUACUCAAGGGGAAGAUUGUCGAACUCCAUACAUCAUUGUUAAGCUUCUUGAAAUUGUACAAGAUUCGUCUGUUUAAAUCAUUUCUCCAUUUGAACAUUUGUAUACUUGUUUCUUGCAAGUAUUCUACGCUGUUCGUUUAUUUAACCGGGUCGUGAGCGG